AUGACAAAGAUGAAAAAGUUACCCUCUAUUGGAUUGUGUUUGUUAGGAUCGGGUGCUGUUGGGAAGAGUUGUUUGGCUGUUCAAUAUCAUCAUGGUAUAUUUGAGGAGCAUGAUUAUGAUCCAACUAUUCAAGAUGUUCAUCGUAAAAAUGUAAGGCUUAAUGAUAAACGGGAAUAUUGUUUGGAAAUUCAAGACACAGCAGGUGAGCCUGAACUACGAGGAUUACUGGAAGAAAUUAUUGAAACAAGUGAAGGAUUCAUGAUUGUGUAUAGUGUUUUGGACAAACGAUCCUUUGAAGAAGUAACAUUAUUUCUCGAUAUGAUUUGGAAAGUUCGUGGAAAAGAAGUACCAAUCAUGCUUGUCGCAAACAAAAUUGAUACACUCUCGACAGAACAAGCCCGAGUAAUAUCCAAAGAAGAUGCACAACGUUUGGCACAUAUCCAUCAACUCAUGUAUCAAGAAACCUCAGCAAAAACUGGAGAAAAUGUCAAGACGAGUUUUGUGGCGUUGGCAGAGAAGGCAAGAGACAAUAUGAUUCUCACAGGAAAGCUCAAGAAACCGAGUGGAUGCCAAAUAGCUUAA